GGCGGUGACGAUGAACGAGUUUGCCCUGUCUGAUGUCGCCACCCAAAAAGGAACUUGACCGUCUAGCAACUCCUGGCAUGUGGAUUUGAUGAGUCGUUAGCUUGCAGCAACACAGAUAUGGCUAUCUAUUCGCUUCCUCCUACUCGGCUGAAUAUACUAGACACAGCGGGUGGUUACACAAGCAAUGCAAGGCGUGUGGUGGCAAUAAAGUACUUAUGGGAAACAUGCGUAAUUAUUACGAGAUGGUGGCGAUCAGUAGCUGCGUUGUUGGUGGGCCAAGCGUGCUAUCCAUCAUGGCCAGUACCUGCGGGACAAUUCAGUGACGGGAAGUGGUGGGAUCUUCCCAAACGAGACCGUGUGUCCUCUUGCUCACAACUACUACACCGUCUGGGUUCGACGCCAGAGGCCGCCAGUUGGUCUUCAACAUGAUGAGCUCCUCAGUUGAACACUACAAUUAACUGGGCUUAUAGUUUCGUAUGACAACGUCGUGCAUAAUAAAGCUUGAUUCUCAUGGUGAAUUAAUAUCUACACUAUGGUUCGGUGGGUCGCCAGGAUCAUCAUCUGGUACUAACAUGGCGGAU